AUGAACUCUGUGCCCGUAACUGGGUCUUCGCCGGAGGACGGGGAAGCGAGUGAAAGGUCAACACCUACGGCUACGGCCCAGAAGGCGGAGAUGGAGGCCCAUUUGCCGAGUUCCGAGGUUCUGCUGUUUUACCCGGAACGGACGGUUAGGGGAGCCUUGGAGCUCAGAACACAGGAUGUUGAAAGACUGCUUCCAGGAGUAUGUCUUAAUGACACUCUGAUUGAAUUUGGAUGUAAGUAUAUCGUCCAGGAAGUGGCUGAUGAAGAGCUGUGCCGCUCCACUCACGUCUACAGCCCGCACUUUUACACAAGCCUCGUCGGCGGUCUCGGCGCUUCGGCGUGUACCACGCCGGAGCUGUCAAAAGCAGCGCUACGGCAUGCCCGUGUGAGCAGGUGGACACGCCUAGUGGACGUCUUCGAAAAUGACUACGUAGUAGUCCCUAUCAAUGUUAAGAGCCAUUGGCUUUUGGUGAUAAUUUGUUUCGCAGGUCACGCCCUGCCGCACGAACAGGCCUGCCACGGUAGUUCUGGCUCUUAUAUCCUCUUAUUCGACUCUCUCAGAGGGCACGUCGGAAACCUGGAGGAAAUAGCGUCGCACAUGCGCGACUACCUCACUGAGGAGUGGAAGACGAAGCGAGAGUCGGAGCUAACGUUCACGAAGUUGAACAUGCCGCUAUACGUUCCGCUAACGCCGCAGCAGACUAACAACACGGACUGUGGCGUGUAUGUCCUUUUGAACUUGGAGACAUUCUUCCGCGCUGCACCCAAGCUCGGUGAACCUGUUCAGAUGAACCGACGCUUGUUCACCAUAGAAGACGCGGUACUCAAGAGGGCAGCCAUCAGGGAGAUCAUCAUGGAGCUGCAUGAAAAACAACGUUCCGGGUCGGACUCUUCCAAGUGUUAG